UCAAAGCAUCUGCUGAAUAUGACUUUCUUAUUAAUAUUAAGGUUCCUCCCUCCUAUCUAUUUGAUUCAUACCAGCCUGUGCGCCCUUUCAUUUUCCAUAGGUUCCACUCUCCUUCCAUUUUCUAAUUAUCAUUAACAUCAUCCUUCAUAUAACCAUUCUAAAUAGAAUUGCUCUUCCUCUUGUUGCGCUGACACAAUACAGCUUAGCAUUCAAGAAAAAAAAGUGAAAAAAACUUAGGCUUCUUUUUGGCCUUUUUUGCCAGCAUUACAUUGCAUUACACAUGGGGAGGCAUUCUUGUUGUUACAAGCAGAAACUGAGGAAAGGCCUCUGGUCCCCUGAAGAAGAUGAAAAACUUAUAAAUCAUAUUACUAAAUAUGGUUAUGGCUGUUGGAGUUCAGUCCCUAAACUAGCUGGACUUCAGAGGUGUGGCAAGAGCUGCAGGCUAAGAUGGAUUAACUACCUGAGACCUGAUUUGAAAAGAGGAACAUUCUCACUUGAGGAAGAGAAUUUGAUCAUUGAACUUCAUGCAGUUCUAGGGAACAAGUGGUCACAAAUUGCUGCUAGAUUACCUGGAAGAACAGAUAAUGAAAUCAAGAAUUUGUGGAAUUCUUCAAUUAAGAAAAAACUAAGGCAAAAAGGGAUUGAUCCAAACACUCACAAGCCACUAUCUGAGGUUGAGAAUGAAGAGAAGGUUUCAGCAAUCAGUAAGAACAAUGAGAAAGCUUCUGAAGGCUCCAGUGAACUCAAUUUCUUUGAAGCUCAUGAGAAUUCUAACUAUGGAAUUGAAACAGAGAAACCAAAACCAUCUUCAGCGACGACUAUGGACCGUUAUUCCAAUCAUAUGAGUGCUGCUGUAGCCCCACCAACACAUGAAUUCUUCCUUAAUAGGUUUGUUAACACACAUGAAACCUCCACCACUAGUUGUAAUAAGCCUCUUGAUUUGGCAAGUUAUCUCUCUUUUCAGCAGUUGAAUUAUGGCUCAAACAUUGGUUUGUCCAUGAGUCCAAACACCAAUCAUCUUCUUUUCAAUUCCAAUAAUCCCAAGAAUUCAGAAAUGGUUUCUCAUCAGUUCAAUUCCAACAUGACAACAAAUGAUAAUAUUCUCCCUUCCAUUUCAAACUCAAUUCUCACAUCUCCAAUAGCAGCAGCAAGUAAUAAUUCAAUAGGGACUUUUACCAGCAAUGGGAGCAGUACUAGUAUUGAUCAAUUGCAAAGAAACUCUUCAUUCUUUGAUAAUAAUGCAUUCUCAUGGGGAGCUGCUGACUGUGGGAAAUCAGAAAAAGAAGCCAAUAUUCAUCCAUCAGAAACUGAUCCUGAAGACAUCAAAUGGUCUGAAUAUUUGCAUACACAAUUUUUACCAGGCAAUUCAAUCCACAAUCAUCAAAUAACUCAAGAAUUGUACAGUGAAAAAUCAGGCACACAAUUUGCAACAGAAGGUUCAUUGACAUGGCUGCAGAACCAACAGCAACAACCUUCUCUACAAACUGCAGACUUAUAUAAUAAGCAUUUUCAGAGAAUUCCAGAUGCAUUUGGACAAUUUUCUUAACCUAUAUUCUAUCAGCAGAGUUGUUAAUAUCCAACAGGUGUGUGCUAUAUAUAGAGUUUUAUUCUUAAUCUGUAAAUGGUUCUUUUGCAAAAUUCUUGUUCUUCUUUAUGUGUAUGUUUUCAAUAGAAUGAAUAUUACUUUUUCUUUUUCUCU